AUGGCCCGCGCGGCAAGAGCAUCAUCUGGGAGAAGAGACGACUCGGCGACGGGAGAACUAUGCUCGACCUCGUCGUCCGCAGGAGGACUAGAGAGGGUGUUCCACCGCUUCGACGAGGACGGCGACGGCAAGGUCUCACCGGCGGAGCUGUGCUCGCGGAUGAAUAGCGUCGGCCUGGAGCUGUCCUUGGAGGACGCCACGGAGGUCGUGGAUUCCGCCGACUUCGACGGCGACGGGCUGCUGGGGAUGGACGAAUUCGUCCGGCUGAUGAGCGAGGCGCAGGAGGAGGAGGACAAGGAGAGGGAGAUGAGGGAGGCCUUCGGCGUGUACGAGAUGAGCGGCCGCGGCUACAUCACCGCCGCGAGUCUGCGGACGGCGCUUGGGCGGCUGGGCAACUCCUCGGGCAUCGAGGAUUGCAAGGCCAUGAUUCGCCGGUUCGACCUCGAUGGUGACGGAGUCAUCAGCUUCGAUGAGUUCAAGGCAAUGUUGGCCUGCUGA